AUGUCGCUUUCAAUCUCGAGUAACGCGCUUCCGAGUAGCACAGUUUUACCAGAUACUGUCGCGCUUCCGAAUGGUAUGGAAAUAAAAGAAUCAAUAAAAACGUCUUACAAUUUCAGUAUUCAGUGCAACACUACUCUUUCAGACGGCAUUGUUAUUCCUAUCUUGUCUCCAGAGUGUAGUUUCCAUGGCUUGACGUCGAGAAAAGGCAGCAGCGGAGGAGGAGGCCAUGCCAGCAGCGGAGGAGGCCAUGCUAGCAGUGGUAGCAGUGGUAGCAGUGGUAGCAGUGGAAGCAGUGGUAGCAGUGGUAGCAGUGGUAGCAGUGGUAGCAGUGGCAGCAGUGGCAGCAGUGGCAGCAGUGGCAGCAGUGGUAGCAGUGGUAGCAGUGGUAGCAGCAGUGAUGGGAAAAGUAAUACUGGUAGCAGCAGCGAUAGCAGCAAUGGCAAAGGAAAUAGUGGUACCAACGGAGCCUCAAAUGGAAACGCUGGUGGAACUGGUUCUGGGUCCACCUCUGCUAAUGGUGGCUACGGUGGUUACGCUGGUUAUGGCGGUUAUCCAGGCUAUUAUGGCUAUGGAUAUCAUGGAUACCGAAACGGCACCACUUCUUCUCCUUCUGCUAGCCAAAAUAGCGCCCUCCACCUGAAACCAAGCUGGUCUCACACUGUAAUUGCACUGCUUCUAUUGAGUGCGUUUGUGCCAUCCUGCUUGUGA